AAGGAAAAAAUAAAGUGCGCAGUGAUAAGUUUUCUUAAUUACCCCCUCUUUCUCUUUCGCUCUCUCUCUCCCCCACGCCAACAUUCCAAAGACCAUUCCACCCUCCAAACAUGACCCAACGGAGACGAAGGGUUGAAUCUCUUUCUCUCUCUCUUUCUUUCUUUCAUUCUCUCUCGAUUUUCUCUCACUUUCUCGCUCUGAAAUUCCCUCCGCGUUUAUCUGCCGGUGCUCCUACGAUUUGCCUUUGAAUCUCUCUAUCUCUCUCCUUUUUUUUUUGGGUGAAAUUAUUUGUUCACAGCAGCUUGUUUCUCUGUUUAUGCACAUACGUACGUAUUAUUUUCUCUAUUUUGUUUUUGUUUCUGUAUGAUUCUCUGGUGAUCCCAAUCUAUUGAAUCUCCCGCAAGAUACCGUGGUCGAUUUCGAGUGUUCGCUCGAGUGCUUUGGAGGAUGUUAAUGAUAUGAUGAACCAAGGAGGCAAUACCGACACCAUAAGUUCACUGGACCCAAAUUCGCUCGAGAAACACCAGGCUGUUGGUACAAGCCAAGGACAUGCAUCUUCAUACCUUCCUUCAACAACUGGUUCUGAAGCUGCUUCAUGGGCCAUGCAUAGGGUAGAUAAUUGCUCUGUGGAGAAUGGAAUUCUUACAAAUUCCAGUUAUCACCAUGAUCAGCGUACAGAACCACAUCUGAGGAAUUUUCAAGAUGGCUCAAAUGUUGCAUCUCUUGGUGGGAAUUCAUCGAGUUUGGUCGCAGCGAAUGUACAACAAGAAUAUAAUGGUUAUGCAUCAUACCAAGGUUCUUCUGAUCCAUAUGGUUAUGCCAAUGCGGGAUAUGCGGGUUACUACAGCAGCUACCCACAGCAAUCUAACCAUUCAUACACUCAGCCUGUAGGAGCAUAUCAAAACACAGGUGCUCCUUAUCAGCCUCUUUCUUCAUUUCAGAAUACAGGGUCUUAUGCUGGGCCUGCAAGUUAUUCAAGCACUUACUACAAUCCUGCUGAUUACCAGACUUCUGGAGGAUACCAGAGCAGCGGUUACUCUAAUCAGACAAACUUGUGGAAUGGACACUAUGCAAACUAUACUUCUCAUCAAUAUCCAAACUAUACUCCAGAUUCAAAUGGUACUUAUAGUUCUAAUACUGCUACUGCGACCCCACUACAUUAUCAGCAAGACUAUAAGCAAUGGGCGGAUUAUUACAGUCAAACAGAAGUUAGCUGUGCUCCAGGGACAGAAAACAUCUCGGUUACUAGUACGUCUAAUUUGACCUCUCCAAUUGCUGGUGUUUCUAGUGGAUAUCUAACCUCCAACAGCCAGCCACCCCAACCUUACAACCCAUCUUGGAGGCCUGAACCCAUUUCGUCUCAACUGCCUUCAUUGCAGCCUAGCGCGGUUAUGAGUGAUGCUCAUGAUGGUUAUUGGAAACAGGGAUCUCUAGGUUUUCCAAACAACCAUGUUAGCCCUUUGCAACCACAUUUUCAAAAGCCUUUGGAUUCAAAACCAACUUAUGACAACUUCCAAGAUCAACAGAUUCCAGCCUGUCCUCAAGGCCCCAACCCACAACAUCCUGCUACUCAUCAGGUGGCCCAGAGUUAUCAAACACCCCUACAAACUGUUUCAUCAAUAGAUACUCGUAGGGUUAGCAAACUGCAGAUUCCAACAAACCCUAGAAUUGCUUCAAAUUUGGCCUUAGGUUUACCAAAAACCGAGAAGGAUACCUCUGCAAUCAGUCCUGCAGCAAAACCUGCCUACAUUAGUGUUUCAUUGCCGAAGCCAAAUGACAAGGUGUUGCCUCGUGAUGCUGCUGAUUCUAUACUUAAGACUGGUAUGUUUCCUCCAUCACUACGUGGUUAUGUGGAAAGGGCUUUGGCUCGAUGUAAAGAUGAUACACAAAUGGCAGCUUGUCAGAUUGUCAUGAAGGAGGUGAUUACCAAGGCAACUGCUGAUGGUACUCUUUACACACGAGACUGGGAUAUUGAGCCUCUUUUCCCACUACCAAAUUCCGAUCCCAUUAACAAGGAUUCACCGUCUUCAACCCCUGCUUCUUCAUUGACAAAAUACAAAAGAAGUCCAAGUAGGCGAUCAAAAAGUAGGUGGGAGCCUAUAGCAGACGAGAAAUUAAUUGACAAACCUGCACCUACCAAUCACAGUACCAUAAAAUAUAGUGGUUGGGUUCAGUUCAAUGAAGUGGACAGAAAGUUUUCAAGUGGAAAGUCUGAUGGCAAGGAGGAUGAUUUGAACAAUACAAAAUUUCUCUUGUCGGAACCAAGGACUGCAAAUAAAAAUUCCCAGAGGCCAGUUAAGAGGCAAUGUCUUGGUGAUGAUUUGCGCGCUGCUGCUGAUGGUGAUGCAUCUAGUGAUAGUGACAAGGAACAGAGCUUGACAGCAUAUUACUCUGGUGCAAUGGCACUUGCAAAUUCACCAGAGGAAAGAAAGAAACGUGAAAAUCGCUCCAAACGUUUUGAAAAGGGGCAUGGGCAUCGAGCAGAAAUCAAUCACUUUAGGCCAAAGGGUGUUGGUGUGGGAAAUUUGUACACCAAAAGAGCUACUGCCUUGGUGCUUAGCAAGGGCUUUGAAGAUGGUAGCAGUAGGGCUGUUGAAGAUAUUGACUGGGAUUCCCUCACUGUCAAGGGGACCUGCCAGGAAAUAGAGAAACGCUACUUGCGCCUUACUUCUGCACCUGAUCCUUCCACUGUGAGACCUGAAGAAGUGUUGGAAAAGGCUUUAGAUAUGGUUCAAAAUUCUCAAAAGAAUUACCUUUAUAAAUGUGAUCAGUUGAAAUCUAUUCGUCAAGAUCUAACUGUACAACGGAUACACAAUAAGUUGACAGUCCAGGUCUAUGAGACCCAUGCUCGAUUGGCUUUGGAAGUUGGAGACCUGCCAGAGUAUAAUCAGUGCCAGUCCCAGUUGAAAGCCCUUUAUGCUGAAGGAAUUGAGGGAUGCUAUAUGGAGUUUUCUGCUUACAACUUACUUUGUGUUAUUAUGCACUCUAAUAACAACAGAGAUCUUCUAUCGUCCAUGUCAAGAUUGUCAGACACAGCGAAAAAGGAUGAAGCUGUGAAACAUGCUCUUGCGGUUCGAGCAGCUGUCACUUCAGGGAAUUAUGUCAUGUUCUUCAGACUUUACAAGACCGCUCCUAACUUGAAUACCUGUCUUAUGGAUCUUUAUGUUGAAAAGAUGCGCUAUGCAGCUGUGAGAUGUAUGUCUCGUUCAUACCGCCCCAUGGUUCCUGUUUCAUACAUUGCUAAGGUCCUCGGCUUCAUUAGUGUCUUGUCCCCAGUUGAAGGAAGCGAGGUAAGGGAUGCUGAUGGACUGGAGGAAUGUGUGGAAUGGUUGAAGGCACAUGGUGCAUGCCUUGUUGGAGACAGCAUUGGAGAGACGCAGCUUGAUACGAAGGCUUCAUCUUCUAGUCUCUACAUGCCAGAAUCAGAAGAUGCAGUGGCCCAUGGAGAUUCCAAUCUUGCUGUUAAUGAUUUUUUGACUCGGACAUCCUCUUAGUCUAGUUGAUUGUAUCCAAGUGUAUGGGAAAGUAUUAGGUUUUUAAAUUGAGGAAAUAGAGGAAAUUCACGCAAACGCAGCUCCUCCUAUGUACAAGAAAAGAAAAUCAUGCUAUCACUGGAUUGAAUGUCAAUUCAGAAAUGGUCUAGCCAGUGGGGAUCCGCCUGUAAUAUUAGUGAAGGGAUGGAUAAUCUGUGGAUGUGCGAAAUGGGAAAUGAAGAGUUCCCGUGAAAAAAAUGCCUGAACUGUCGUGUUUGAUUAGAUGUCCUCUGUUCUGAGCAACCUCAAUUCAUUGUUUUCUGGUGAUGUUAUGGUAAAUAUACUUGCAAGAAAUGAAGAAAAAUAAUAAGGAAAUUUAACUUGUAUUGUUAAUUGCUCAA